CAAAUAUCUUAAUUGAAAUAAAUCAGCAGCCACAUCUAUAAAAGCAGCAUAUCACAUAUGAGUGACAUGUAACAAAUUUCAGUUCAAUAAGCAAAACUAGAGAGAAUUAAUUUACAGCAAAGAAUGGAGGCUGUUAGCUCAAGCCAGCAAUCACUCAGAUGCUGCUUCACAGUGGACGAUGGGAAAGUAGAGUGCAAGUGUGCAGAAGGGUGGUCUUGCUCUGUCACUAAAACAGAUAGUUCCAAAGCUGGCAAGCCCUUCUGUCAAUGUUCCAGCGGCAUCACUUGUACCCGCCUGGAAGAAUCUGAUCCAGAGGCACAGAAAGCACUAGAGGGAUCAGAUGGUUGCAAGAUGAUCUGCAAGACAGAUGCAGGGUAUACUUGUAAAAUCAGCAAGGCAGGGGAAGUAACAGCUGAGUGUGGAGAAGGUUGCAUCUGCAUCGUUGAUGAAACUGGCAAUAUUAAAUGCAUAACCAAAGCAGCAGAAACUUCUUGCUGCACCUGAAACUUCUUGCUGCACCUCUGGUUGUUUUGUAACUAAUAAUUAAGACUAUGUUACUUCAUGAACUGAUGUUGUGUUAUUGGUGCUUGAGAUUUGAGAAGAUAUAUCCUAGCUUUGUGUAUCUCGAAGAAUGUGAUCGUUUGUGUGUCUCCAGUUUGGUUAAUCGAAUAAAUGAAUUUCUGUUUGUUUAAA